UCUCCAUCUCCCUUUGUUAGUUUUGAUUGCGUGUAAUUACUUUAUCAUUUUAAAUUAGACAUCCGUACUACUUAUCUGAGUUUUAUUCAUUGGUCACACCAUUUUUAAUAGCAUGAUGAAUUUUCCACGAACUUUUUUACUUAUUUUAGUGCUUUUCGCGUCAGCCACAUAUUCCAGUGGAGAUGCAACAAAGAGCAAAGGGCCAAAAGUAACUGACAUUGUAUAUUUUGAUAUAGAGAUUGGUGGUAAGCCAGAAGGUAGGAUUGAAAUCGGUGUUUUCGGUAAAACCGUACCCAAAACUGCUGAAAAUUUUAUCGGUUUAGCCAAGAGACACAUAGAUCAGCCAAGCUCCGAUGGCAAAUUAGUUGGUUACAAAGGUAGUACAUUCCACAGAGUAAUCAAAGACUUCAUGAUUCAAGGAGGGGACUUUACUAACGGCGAUGGAACUGGAGGUGAAUCCAUUUUUGGACGUCGAUUCAAUGAUGAAAACUUCAAACUUAAGCAUUAUGGUGCUGGUUGGCUUUCUAUGGCUAAUUCAGGUAAAGACACCAACGGUUCACAAUUUUUCAUAACCACAAAGAAAACUUCUUGGCUUGAUGGGCGACAUGUUGUUUUUGGAAAGGUCAUCAAAGGAAUGGAUGUUGUUCGCAAAAUUGAGGCAACUAAAACAGACAGCUCUGACAAACCAGUCGAAAAAGUCGUAAUCGCUGAUAGUGGUACUUUACCAGUCUCAGAACCAUUCUCUGUUUCCAAAGAAGAUGCCACCGAUUAGAUUGCUAAUCUACAUUGAUCGAUUUUAUUAUUUCAAUUUUAUUAUUUCAAUUUUAUUCAAUUUUACUUGAAUUUUACAAUUAAAUCAAUUAAAUUUUUAGAGUA